AUGUGGUUUGAAGAGGGGCGUCAGAGCGGCGUCGUACGGACAGCAAAAGCAAGCAAACAGGUGGCGCAGCACUACAAGACAGCAUCCGAGGCGCAGCAGACCCAGAAGCAGCUCAACGACAUGUCACAGCUACUGCCCUACAAGGAGGUCAUCCGCCUGGCAAGGGAGGGGGACCCGCAUAAGACCUCCCUCGUCGCCUGCCUCGCUUCUCUCUCCUCCGAGCAGCGAGCGUACCUGGGCGCGGCGCUUACAGGACAGACUAAGUCGGCCAGCCGGUCCGGAUGCAAGCGGUCCUUCGCCGCCACGUUGGCCCCCGGGGGGGGCCCCCCCCGAGAGGGCCCCGAGGACGUCACGUGCCUAAUCUGCAACCAGCGGGGCCACCGCUUUCAAAACUGCCCACAACUCCAGGCCAUACCCCGGGACCAGCAGCAGGCAGCGGUCGACAGGGCUCGGGCGCGCUUGCGGGCGGGCGCCCGGCUCCUGGAGGACGGUGUUCAGAGGGACCCCGGGAUGUGUCUUGCUGCCGCCGCCCGCGGUGGCCAUGUGGGCCUCACACACUGGCUCCUACAGCAGUUUGGGCCGGCUGGAGGGCCAGGGUUAAUAUUCCGAACGCCGUACAGGUACGACGUCAUCGACGGGGCUGCACACAGGUUCGACCUGGCGACGUUGCAGCAGCUGCACCAGACCCUCCUGCAGCUCGACGGUGCCAGCAGCCGACUAACCCGCUACACCCUUGCGGGGGCCCUGUGA